CUAGAGUUGAAGCUGCUGAAAUUGCAGAAUGACACCGCAGAUAUUGCCCACCCAGUGUGUUUGGCUGAGAAGUACAGUCAGCUUCAGUCGAUGAACAGCCACUUGGAGGCGAUCUUGCAGGAGACAGUGUUGCUGAAGCUGCGGUUAGUACAGCCUAUUUGCCAUCAGUGUCUACCUGUUGAAGCCAAUUGUCACAGGUAUGUCUCUGAAAUCUUGCCCAUGAUGGUUAAUUUCAUUGAGAAACUGGACUCCAAUCUGGAGCUGAUAAAUACCAUUCCUCAGGUGACCAAGAAAGUAAAGAUAAUGGAAAAUCUUGUUGCCAAAAUGGUAUCCGACAUUCUGGAGCUGAAGGAACUGUUGGAGUUGAUCAUGAGAUGGAGAGAGCAGCAGAAGGCUGGUCUUGAACAUCUGGGAAGUAAAUGAUAACUGCUUUUUGGGCUGUGAAAUCAGAAUUAAGCCAUUCAUUAUAAGAAUUUUUUUUGAAUUUCUAGAUUUUAAUGUAUAAAUUUCUUAUGGGUAGUCUUGAUAGCAGAAAUUAACCAGUGGUUGUGACUGCUUCCUUUUGUCAUUGAUUAUGGGAAGUAUCCAGGUCAACUUUGUGAGUUAAACCACAUUGCUGAAACGACUGACUUGACUACCCUCAACAUUCACAAGCUAAUAUGUCAGCAAUGAACCCUUGGUCAUUCCCUAUGGAAAAU